CUGUCAUAUUUAAUUUCAUUAGCUUUAGAGACAAAAUGUGAAUGCGAGGCGCCAUUCUCGGGUACGUUUUGUGAUGAAUUGAGUACAAGGCAUGUUUAUGGAUACUACAAUCGUCGGGUAUAUUGGCUGGGGCCACUGGGAGCGCUGACAUUAAUUCCAAUGUGUAUUCUUUAUGUUGGUUGCGAGUACAUGGCGAAAAAGAGAAGAGUGAAGCGAGUAUGUGAAAUGUUGGAUGGACAGAAUAUAAACGUUACAGAAGAAGUAUUGCAACGUCUUUUAGCGGGAAAGGUCCUAGAGGUUUAA